CCAGGUGAGCGGCAGACCCGGCACGCAGGUGGGGGCCGGCGGGGUCCGUGGCGAGCAGGCAAGGGGCAGCUCCCUGAAGGGUGUGAACACAGGGUCCCAGCCUGGGUCUCGCUCCUAUGCUCCUCUCCAGGCCCUAGCAAGCUGCUCCCCGGCGCAGGGAGGACUGGGAAGAGGCACUGGGGCUCCGCCUGGAGAAGGCAGGCCCGGGGGCCUCUCGGCUGGGACACGCUGGGCCCCCCCUGCCUGGCACCCGGGGUCCUGCACCCUGCCAGGGAGGCCAACCUGAUCCUGGGUCUGCAUGCGAGGCCCUGCCAGCUGGCUCCACCACCUCCACCCAUCUGCCUCCUGCCCUCAGAAGCCGUGGUGUGGUCUCCGGGAUCAGAGCUGCAGAGAGACAAGGCGGCGGCGGCUGCUGUGCUGGGUGCAGUGAGGAAGAGGCCCUCGGUGGUGCCCAUGGCUGGCCAGGAUCCUGCGCUGAGCACGAGUCACCCGUUCUACGACGUGGCCAGACAUGGCAUUCUGCAGGUGGCAGGGGACGACCGCUUUGGAAGACGUGUUGUCACGUUCAGCUGCUGCCGGAUGCCGCCCUCCCACGAGCUGGACCACCAGCGGCUGCUGGAGUAUUUGAAGUACACACUGGACCAGUACGUUGAGAACGAUUAUACCAUCGUCUAUUUCCACUACGGGCUGAACAGCCGGAACAAGCCUUCCCUGGGCUGGCUCCAGAGCGCAUACAAGGAGUUCGAUAGGAAGUACAAGAAGAACUUGAAGGCCCUCUACGUGGUGCACCCCACCAGCUUCAUCAAGGUCCUGUGGAACAUCUUGAAGCCCCUCAUCAGUCACAAGUUUGGGAAGAAAGUCAUCUAUUUCAACUACCUGAGUGAGCUCCACGAACACCUUAAAUACGACCAGCUGGUCAUCCCUCCCGAAGUUUUGCGGUACGAUGAGAAGCUCCAGAGCCUGCACGAGGGCCGGACGCCGCCUCCCACCAAGACACCACCGCCGCGGCCCCCGCUGCCCACACAGCAGUUUGGCGUCAGUCUGCAAUACCUCAAAGACAAAAAUCAAGGCGAACUCAUCCCCCCUGUGCUGAGGUUCACAGUGACGUACCUGAGAGAGAAAGGCCUGCGCACUGAGGGCCUGUUCCGGAGAUCCGCCAGCGCGCAGACCGUCCGCGAGAUACAGAGGCUCUACAACCAAGGGAAGCCCGUGAACUUUGACGACUACGGGGACAUUCACAUCCCUGCCGUGAUCCUGAAGACCUUCCUGCGAGAGCUGCCCCAGCCGCUUCUGACCUUCCAGGCCUACGAGCAGAUUCUCGGGAUCACCUGUGUGGAGAGCAGCCUGCGUGUCACUCGCUGCCGCCAGAUCCUACGGAGCCUCCCGGACCACAACUAUGUCGUCCUCUGCUACCUCAUGGGCUUCCUGCAUGCGGUGUCCCGGGAGAGCAUCUUCAACAAAAUGAACAGCUCUAACCUGGCCUGUGUCUUCGGGCUGAAUUUGAUCUGGCCAUCGCAGGGAGUCUCCUCCCUGAGUGCCCUUGUGCCCCUGAACAUGUUCACUGAACUGCUCAUCGAGUACUAUGAAAAGAUCUUCAGCACCCCGGAGGCACCUGGGGAGCGCGGCCUGGCACCAUGGGAACAGGGGAGCAGGGCAGCCCCUUUGCAGGAGGCUGUGCCACGGACACAAGCCACGGGCCUUACCAAGCCUACCCUACCUCCGAGUCCCCUGAUGGCAGCCAGAAGACGUCUCUAGUGUUGCGAACACUCUGUAUAUUUCGAGCUACCUCCCACACCUGUCUGUGCACUUGUAUGUUUUGUAAACUUGGCAUCUGUAAAAAUAACCAGCCAUUAGAUGAACUCAGAACCUUCUAAUGAAAACUCCAUGCCUCUGGUCCUUGGACUCUUGUCCAUGGUUCCUGAGCUGUGGACUGGGAUAGAAUAA